AUGAUCGUCUCCUGUCUGCUGAAGAGGGCUGGCGUAUGUCGAACACGGCUUGGAAACUUCGAUCAUGAAGAUAUCAUGAAAACGCGCAUAGGGCAUAAAGUUUACGAGCGACGUCAGGGGAAGUGGUUGGUGGUGCUGCGCCCCACUCCUGAUUUACACACGCUGGCCCUGCGCCACCGGACCCAAAUCAUAUAUCAUGCCGAUAUAUCGCUGAUUUUGAGCCUUCUGGAUGUACGCCCCGGCAAAACUAUCGUUGAAGCAGGAACUGGAUCUGGCUCUCUCUCAUAUUCUUUGGCCAUGGCGCUGCAAUCGGAGGGUCGUUUGUUCACCUAUGAGUUUCAUGAGCAACGGUGGCAAGAAGCCCGGCCAUCCACCGAGAUGUAUGCGCGGAUGGAUUCUGCCAACAGCGAGUGCAUGCAACAACAGCCUCGUCACUCGGCCCAACGGAAGAUUCUGCAACGGGAGACAACGAGGGGAAUUUGCCGGAGCCGCAUACCGCGGACGGCGUAUUUCUUGACCUGCCUUCCCCGUGGCUAG